AUGCUAGUCCCCCCAGCAAACUUCGGCAUUGCCGAGGAAGGCAUAUACCGUUGUUCUAAGAUCGAAACGCUCAAUCUUUCGUUCUUGGAGGUCCUAGCUUUGAAAACGAUCAUCUUCGUUGGCGGACAGGAACCCUCCAAGUUCUUUCGUGAGUUCUUCGAGCGCUACAACGUCCAACUCUUCGUGAUAAAGCGUGCGCAGAAUUCAUCACUUGUCCUGCCCGGAAGCAAUGCGCAGAAAGAACAGCCGCAGGCAGACACUGCCGUGAGCAGCGGCUGCCAGUCAUCCACGCACUACAAGCUCAGCGACGCAGACGACCUUAUGAUUAUUAAGACGCAUAGUUUACAAAAGAUAUUCCGAUUAAUGCUCAAUACGACAAAUCACAACAUGUUGCUGGUGGAUAAGACCUCAAUAGUGAUUGGCCUUCUUCGCCGAAUACAGAAGUGGAACAUCUCCUCGAUCAUAAGCGAAUACCGAUUGUACACAGGCAAGAACAGCAACUACUUUGCUGAGACCUUCUUGGAAGUGGUGGAUGUAACUGUCACACAGGACCUGGAAAAAUCGGUCACAGAGGAUAUUGCCAAGCUGGACAUCCAAGAUCUUAGACCAAUUGAGCUGUCCCGCAACGGGAGCGGCCAGCAGGUGGUCAACGAGCGAGACCUCCUGCGUGGCCCCGAGCUCCCACAGCAUAUGCUGCGCAUCAUCGAUCAGGUCGAACAGUGCAACAGCAAAGAAAACAGCGCAGCAUCAACUGGCAUCAAGCGCAGCCCCUCCAGCAGGGGCAUAUUUGGCAACCGCUACCGCCUCGCGUUCAACAAACGCGAGCUCUGUGAAUACGAGUACUACCGCAGCGGUUCCACGAACGCGGUACACAUCAAGAUACCCCGCGAGUCUCUUCUACCCCAAUGGUUCAAGUUCCAGCGGGACCUGUGGGAGCAGCUCAACACCAAACAAACCUACAACUUCUACACAGAGCGCAUCUUCAUGUAG